CUGUGGUGUCAGAGUGUAGCUUGCACAGGACCUGGCAGCAGCCACAGACCAGCUCAGCUGACCAGGGUGGCACCUCGGCCCUCUCCAAUGUAUUUCAGCUCCGCAUCCAGCCAGAUUGGCAGCCUAUUCAGAAAAACAGGCAUCCUUCGUUUGACCUCCCAGCCUCUCCAGAAGCCUGUUAUGAAGAAGACCUCCAAGGGAAGCUACAAGAAGUGAGGUAUUGACCAGGGGGAGGGGACAGUGCCGAGCAGAAGCCUGCAAGAGGGCACUGAGGACAGUCCACAUUCCUGGGAGAGAAGCAGGGAGUCAGGUUUGCCAGGCAGUCUGAGAGGAGCGAGGACAGCAAUCGCAGUGGUCUUCCCCUCAGUGGGCUUUACCAUGGUAUCAAGAGAGCAUGUGGGCACCAGGAUGGGUCUGCUGCAACAGAGGUGCACUGGGCACUUGCUCUGUGCGCUGACCCUCCUCGAAGCUGCCGGGAUCUUGGCCUUGAUGUUCUAUGCGCUGCUGUGGGAAGCUGGGAACCUGGUCAACCUCCCUGACAAACGCAUUGGUUUUUACAACUUCUGCCUGUGGAAUGGGACAGCUGAGGAGCUGCAGUGCCUGGAGUACCAGCAUCUGCAGGUGAUGGGCAUCAGCCUACCAGGAAUGGUGUUAGCCACAGUUUUUGUGUACACCUGCCUGGUCUUCAGCAUCUUCUACUCCAUUUUUGUUGCACAUGUGAAGUGCACAAAGGAGAGACAGGGCUGGAAGACAAUCCUCAUCAUACCCAUCAUCAAGACGAUAAUCCUGUCUGGAGGCCUGGGUAUAUUUCUUUUCCAAACCUCGCAGUGGAUUCACCCCUCUGAAUUCACUGGAGGCUUUCUGGCACUAAUUGGGACCCAGGCUCUGCUACUGCUCCAGAUUCUCACUGCCUACCUCAGCUGGGCCAAGCACACACCUGUGUCAAGGCCCUUUUACUGAGGAGGCCCUGCCCCUUGAGAUUUGACAGUGAAGAAGAUGCAAGAGCUAUUGAUAACCCGAUUUAAAACAGUAAUCCCUAUGCAACUUUAGUCACUGGCAGGAAUUUCAUCCUUAGUCCAAAGGUCCAUGUCCAGCCAUGCUGACACACAGCUGUGAUUGCCGCCACCAGCUGGCAGCACUCCUGCAGUGAGCAGGCAGCCGGCAUGAACACCCACAGCACAGCGUGGAAGCUUCCUAGGAACAGCAGUGUGUAACACACCCCUCUGCCUGGGGCACAACAUCAAAGCAACAGCAUUUCUAGCCCUGUCCCACAGGACAGUGAAGGAGACAGAUCAGAACCAGCACAGACUGGACACAUCCCUCUGGCCAUAUCUAGCCAGGCAGAGAAGCAACCAGGCUUCCUUUCUUGGAGUUGCCCAGAGAGAUUCUGCUCCUUCUCCAACUCCUGGAGGUGCACUGGAAAUAAUCCCUUCAGCAAGAGCACCUAUUGGAAUAAUAGCCGGAGUGACUCUGCUGUAGUUCAUUAGUGUAAAGUGGCCCACAUCCAACCCCAGCAGCAGCAAAACACAUGGCAGGGCAGCUUAACAACUUGCUUAAUGCUGAACAGAGCCCUAAUGAGGAAGGUUUCCAUGAGGAAGCAGAGGAUUUUGGUGUAGAGUCCAGGUUUGUCCCCACUGAUAUUAUGGGGCUGAGCCCAGCACUCCAGCAGCCUUUGCAAGUCCAGGAGAAUGGUUCUGUGGAAGGGAAGGAAGCUCAGCCCAACACAUGCCCCAUGCAAGGGUGUGCUCAGGGGGCAGGGUCAGGGCUGCCACAGGCCGAGCUGGGGCUGGGCCAUUAUAGCCAGAGUGCCAGAUGGGGUCUCUCCACCGUGGUGGUGCAUAGCACCGCUCUAUGCCAUGUCUGUGACCUCACACAAACAAGUGCCUGCUUUACCCCCCACCCCCUUCGGACACAUGACGGUCCAUUUGCUCUCCUGCUGCAGUCUUGGUGGGGAUGUGGCUGGUGAUGCUGGUUUGACUGAUUCUUCAUUUCAGUAAAAGCCCUCACAGCUG